GCUCGAUCGGGGCGGAGCUUCACUCGGUGUGCGGUAAAGUUGCGCAGGCGGCCUGCUGGCCCGGGGGCGGGAAGCGGCCUCCGAGUGGAAUUGUGAAUUUGGUGAUUUUUCCCGUGUUUGAAAAGAAGCGUUCGGUCUUUCUUGGGUAAAUCGCCGCAGGCGCUUCCGUCGCGCUCGGGCGUGACGUAUUCAUUUCGCGAAGUCUGAGCGUGGUCCGGAGCAACAUCAUGAGUUUAAAAACUCGAAGAGGGCUGUGAUCUGCUUUUAAAAAAGGGAACGUCGUAGCACAGUCCUCCGAACUUUUCUCAAGCGGAGUCAUGGGACGACCAACGUCUUUGCUCAGCUUUCGUGAUGUCAUCGCGUCCCUACGCGCCCGUUGGUCUAUAGCUCCGCUGAGCCGGCGUUAACUUUUGCUGGUUUCAUUGUGCAUGCGCGUUCCCCUGACGCGCUCGGGUAGUCAUUAGUGCCUCGCUCUUUGCGACCUCUGCGCGGGUACUUCUGGGAAUUGUAGUCUAAAGCGGGAGCGAGUAGGCGGAUUCCGGAAGUUGUGUGCCGAAGAGCGCCUGUUGUGGGGUGGGGAGUAGGUAACGGUUCUCCCCAGGCCUUGGGCGGGGGGCCCUCCCCCGCAGGGCCUGUAGCCAGAGGCUGAUUAGGAUCGGGCAUCGGACGCCCGGGGUGGGUGUGUUUUCCCCGGCCAGCCAUGAAUGGGCAAGCGGACGUUGAGGUGGAUUACAAGAAGAAAUACCGGAACCUGAAACGGAAGCUCAAAUUCCUAAUCUACGAGCAUGAGUGUUUUCAGGAGGAACUGAGGAAGGCGCAGAGAAAGCUGCUGAAAGUGUCCCGGGACAAGAGUUUCCUUUUGGAUCGUCUUCUGCAGUAUGAAAAUGUGGAUGAAGACUCUUCUGACUCAGAUGCCACAGCAUCCUCAGAGAACAGUGAGACAGAGGGCACACCCAAACUCACUGAGACACCAGCCCCCAAGAGGAAAAGAAGUCCCCCUCUGGGGGGUGCCCCAUCCCCCUCUGGCCUUUCACUACCCCCAUCCUCAGGGUUUCCCCUGCAAGCCUCCGGGGGCCCCUCUCCGUACCUGACCUCGCUGGCCUCUCCCCCAUAUUCCCCCUUCCCCUCCGACUACCUGGCCCUGCAGCUGCCUGAGCCCAGCCCCCUGAGACCCAAGCGGGAGAAACGGCCCCGCCUGCCCCGGAAGCUCAAGAUGGCAGUGGGGCCAUCUGAGUGUCCAGUGGGGGGUUCACUGACCUUCCCAGGCCGGGGAGCUGGUGGUGCUGGGGUAGGGGCAACCCUGGCCCCACUGGGGACUCCUAAGCUGCCCCCACAUACCAUCCUGAGCACUGUCCCUCGCCAGAUGUUCAGUGAUGCAGGGAGUGGAGAUGAUGCCCUGGACGGCGAUGAUGACCUCGUGAUUGACAUCCCGGAAUGACUACCUGCUCUAGACUCUUCCGUCCCUUCCGUUGCCAGGUAGCAAUGGCAACAGAAGCAGCAAAGACAAAGAACGGUGUGUUUUUGGAGACAUUUAUUGAUGCCCAGUCUUUAUUGGUCUGGACGUUGACAAUCAGAAGAGGAAGAGGCGUAAACAUGCAGCAAGGCGCCCCCAAAGAAGAGGCUAGGAGGCAGCCCCCAGCCCUGAAAGCGGGCACAUGCCGCAUUUGGAUUUGCAGCCAGUGGUGUGCAGGGAAGGCAGAUGGACUCUAGAGGUCAGCACAGGGCUUCCUUGCCCCCUGCUGCCGUAUGCUUUGCCUUCCUCUUGCCCUGGAUGCAGCCAAAAGAAAAAGAAGCAGCCAAGGGAGCCUCUGCCUCCCCUUCCUGAAGGCAAAGACCCCUGCACCAGCUACCAUUUUAAUGGGGCAGCUAGAUAGGGCUAGUUUGUUUUGUUUUUGUUUUUUACCGCAGACUUUUAUUAAAGGGGUGCUUGGUGGUUUUAUUUUGUUUUCUGAAAUUUUCUCCCUCCUUAACCCCCUCCUAAUCCGGUUUACUCCCGCUGCAGGGAGUUUUGCCGGGGCAGCUUGGAGAGGUGGAUGAGAGGAGAGAUGACCUGGUUGUGGGGAGGGAGCAGGCAAUAAAUUCUCUCCCUCCCCUUG